CUCAGCCUCUGGGAGCUCAUGAUCAUUUGGACUUGACGAAUAUCUACUGUGACUUUUCAUAAUGACCGUCGAUUUGAUCCAAAAAGUCGCCAUCGUGGGCGCAACUGGUCGCAUCGGUGGUGCCUUUGCCAAUGCACUUGUGCAGACCGGCAAGCAUACCGUCACAGGCCUAACUCGUCAAGGCAGCCACGGGCAGCAGCCCGACGGCGUGCGUCACGUCGAAGUAGACUAUGAAGAUGAAGCCUCGAUAGUCGAUGCUCUCCGUGACCAGCAGUUCCUCGUUAUUACCCUCGGUGUCCGGGCGCCAGACGACCUCCAUCGCCGCAUCACUGUGGCCGCCGGCAAGGCCGGUGUGCCCUACAUCAUGCCAAACGCCUUCGGAUACCCGAUCUUGGAGCACGCCGAGGAGGAUGAACCGGUCUUCAGCAAUUUGGUCCGCGCUCGGAUCGACGACGUCCGCAGCAAUGGCGUGUCGUCGCCGAUCUGCCUCCCCUGCGGCUUUUGGUACGAGUGGAGCCUCGCGACCGGCGAGCAGUGGUUCGGCUUCACGAUCAAGUCCCGCAAGGUGACGUUCUUCGACGACGGGCGCCGCACCAUCACGGUGAGCACCUGGGACCAAUGCGGGCGCGCACUGGCAGCCCUGCUCAGCUUCCCUGAGUCCGGAGCGUCGCCGUCGGUCGACGACUUCAAAAACCAAGAUCUACGCAUCUACAGCUUCCAGGUGUCGCAGCGGGACAUGCUCGAUAGUCUGCACCGCGUGCUGGGGACGACCGACGCCGACUGGGAGAUCACGUACGAGCCUAUCGAGAAGCGGAUUGCGGAUGGCGAGCAGGAGAAUGCCAAGGGCGUCAUAACAGGGUUCGCCAAGGCAAUGUAUGGGCGGGUGUUCCGGACGAACAAUGCUGUGGCGGACUUUGCGGAUACAAUGUCCACGGCGAACGAAGUUCUCGGGUUGCCUACGGAAGAUCUGGACGAGGCAACAAGGCGAGCGGUGCAGAUGCUCGACGCCGGUUGGAAUCCCUUUGGUCUGGCGGUUUGAUCCAUGUGCUGCGGUGGUCUAAUUAUUUUACUCCAAAGGAAAAUGAAAAUUUGUUCUGUCUGACUUAGUUACAUUAAUCAUAUAAACAUCACUCGCGCGGGACUUUUCAUCCAGUGUUCAUUACAGCGUGGCUCCAAUCCAUCAUAACUGCCUGCCUGUCCCGGGAAGAUCCU